AUGAAGUACACAACUGCUAUCCUUUCUGGUCUCUUGGCCGCUACCGUUGUAGCUCAACCACACGCCCGUCAUCAACAUGCCGCCAGACACGAAAAGCGAGAUAUUAAAUGGGUUACAGAACUCGAGAUGGUCACCGAGACAAUCGACUAUACCACCACCGUCUGGGUUUCUUCUGGUGAAAUAGCUGCUGCAACCAGCAGCGCGGCUCCAUCUGUUACUCCUACAACUUUGGCAACCAAGCCAAAGUCAUCCGCCGCUUCUUCCACUUAUAUUCCAAAGUCUACUGCCGCAGCCAGUAGCUCUGAAGGAGCUGUUCUCAACCAACAACCAAGUUCCUCAUAUGUCGCACCAUAUGUUGCACCAUCUUCUUCCUCUGUCGUUUCCGUCGCUGCUCCAUCCACCACCUCCGAAGUUGUAGUCCCAACUACUUCUUCUACCUCUAUCGCACCAGUUCCAACCAGCUCCAGUGUCGCGCCGGUCGUGGUCCCAACUACCUCUAGCGUCGCGCCAGUUGUCGUCCCAUCCUCAACCAGCGUCGCACCAGUCGUAUCUUCAGUCUCAAGCGUUGUUGCGCCAGUCGUCUCCUCAGUCUCAAGCAUUGUUGCUCCAGUUUAUGUUGCAUCCCCAACCAGCGCGGCUACCCCAGCAUCAAGCUCUCCUGCAUCAGGUUCUUCCUCUGGAUCUAGCUCUGGAGUCUGCCCCCCCGGAUCUCCUUGCUCUGGAGAUAUCACUUUCUACGAAGCCGGUCUCGGAGCUUGCGGAAUCACUACUGAUGGAUCCAGCUUUGCAGGUGUUGCUCUUCCAGUUGGACUCAUGGGUUCCCUUUCAAACAGCAACCCAUACUGUGGAAAGACAAUCACUAUCAAGUGUACCUCUACUGGUAAGACUACCCAAGCAACCGUCAUCGACAAGUGCAUGGGAUGUGAGGGUAACUCCAUCGAUCUCACCAACUUCGCCUUUGAUCAACUUGCUGAAGAAGCUGUCGGCCGUACUCAAGCCACUUGGUACUUCAACGAAUAA